AUGUUGUGCCGCCUGCACCUUCUGCCGCCCCCGCACGGCCCCCUGGCUGCCCGGCUGGGCCCCGUGCGCACUCUGUGGCCGGCCCCGGGUGCCCUCUGCGCUGAGCUGGAGCAGGAGCUGCUGUGGGAGCUGGAGUCUGCCAGGGAGUUUGCCAGCAGCAUGGGGCGGCUCCUGGCUGGCGGAGGGAGCGGAUGCCCCAGGGGGGAGCCAAGCCAGAGCUCCAGCGUGGCCCUGGCCCAGGGGACGGCCGAGACCUUCGCCAUGCGGCAGGACGUCCGGGGCUUUGCGCCCGAGCAGCUGGCGGUGAAGCUGGUGGGCAGGAAGGUGCUGCUGACGGGCAGGAAGGAGACGCAGAGCGAGGACGGCAAAGGCUCCUUCUCCUACAAGUACGAGGUGUUCAAGAGGGAGUGGGACGUGCCCGAGGCCGUGGACACCGACCGCCUGACCUGCUCCAUCUCCAGGGAGGGACAGCUGUGCAUCGAAGCCCCGUGCCUGGCCCCCCCAGCCCUCCCCGCGAGGAACGUGCCCAUCCAGCUCAGCCCUGCGGGCGGCUCGGUGGCUCCAGCUGAGCCGGGCUCAGAGGACGGGGCCGACGGCAGAGCCCGGGGGUAACAGCCUGAGCUGGCAGCGGCCCCGGCAGAGCAGCCAAGACUAGAUUUCUGGAGCCUAAAACAAGUGGCUUCAAAACUAGCAUCAGUUUUUGUCACUAUGAUCAGAGCAAAAGUUUCCAAAUAGUUUUUGUAUCAAAUACAUUUCUCUCAGUAGAAGUCAGCGCCUGGUGGUUGAGUCAAUUCCCAGGCACGUUGGUGUGGGUCAGUCUUGGCUGCUGAUGUACAAGAAUUAGGUCCCAUGGGGCAGGACAGAGCAGCAGGAGAAGCAGCCCCGGGUACGGCUACUCCGCACGCACCCCUGGCUCUGCAGCCUUGGUGCUUCCAAGACCACCCUUGAGCAUCUCCCUGAACUCAGCAGAACCUGCAGGAAGGCGGGGGGGGGGAAGGGGUCUCAGCCCACCCUGCUGCCAGGGGGAGCCCCGCUCCAAGGGAAGAGCCUAGGGGGUCCCCCCCACAGGGAGGGAAGGGGCAAGCA